AAAUAUUGAAUUGUUAAAAAUCGUGAACGGAUCAUCAUGCCUGAACCAGCGAAGUCUGCACCCAAGAAAGGCUCGAAGAAGGCCGUUACCAAGACCACCGGCAAGGGAGGAAAGAAGCGCAAAAGAUCCAGGAAGGAGAGUUAUGCUAUUUACGUGUACAAAGUUCUGAAGCAGGUUCAUCCUGACACUGGAAUUUCUUCCAAGGCGAUGGGAAUCAUGAAUUCUUUCGUCAACGACAUCUUUGAGCGCAUCGCCGGUGAAUCGUCUCGUCUCGCUCACUACAACAAGCGCUCCACCAUCACAUCGAGAGAGAUCCAGACCGCCGUGCGUCUGCUGCUGCCCGGUGAACUGGCCAAACACGCUGUGUCUGAGGGCACAAAGGCUGUGACCAAAUACACCAGCUCAAAGUAAAGUCUCAUCUUGUUUGAUCAGCGAACCCAAAGGCUCUUUUAAGAGCCACCCACGUUGUCUUUAAAAGAGCUUGCUACUGAAUUUUUAGACUUUAUUUUACCUAAAAAUGAAGAAUUUAUACGUUAUCAGUUAAUUGUCUAAAUAGUCUAUGUAUCUUCUUCUUCUUCUUAUUUGUUUGUUUACCGACAUUGCUUAUCCCUGUUCUGGACAAUGCAUCUGAGAAUUGUGAAAUCAUAGUCAGAUUAUUUAUUUAUUUAUUUAUAUUUAUUCUUCCUUUUGGUGGGAGAUGUG